AUGAUGCGCAAGCCUCCCCUUACCUCCAAUACGAGCCUCCCCGGCGUCCAAAACCACUUCGAAGACUUCCUAGGCGACCACAUCCAACAAACAAACUUCACCCACUUCGUCGGCUCCUUCUACCCCUACCACCGCCUCCUCGUCUGGACCUACGAACGCGCCAUCCUCGCCUGCGGCUUCACCGGCGGCGGCCAGCCGUACUGGGACUGGUCCCUCGACGCCAACACCUCCUCCCCUGCCUCCUCCCUCGCCGCCUCCCCGCUCUUCGACCCGCACACCGGCUUCGGCGGCAACGGCGCGUACAUCCCGGGCAACACCGGCGCGCCGGAGCCAGGCAUCCCGGUUACGGGCGGCGGCAUCACGUUCGAGCUGCCCGACCGCAGCGGCGGCGGGUGUAUUCCUGAUGGCCCCUUUGCGAAUCUGACGAUCCAUAUGGGGCCCGGGCCGAGUACGGCGUACAACGCGUGGUGUGUGAGGAGGGAUUUCGUGCCGUCGCAGUUCGUGCAAGCUGCGAAUUCGGAGGCGGUGCGGGAGGCGGUGGAUGGGGGGUAUAAGGAUUUUGGGGCGUUUAGUCAGGGGACGGAGGUGACGGUGCAUAAUGCGGGGCAUCUGGGGGUGGGCGGGUUGUAUGGGGUGCUGACGGAUGCGUGGGCGAGUCCUGGCGAUCCGCUGUUUUUUCUCCAUCACGCCAAUAUGGAUCGGCUUUGGUGGUCGUGGCAGACGAGGGAUCUGCCUGCGAGGCUGAAGGAUAUUUCUGGGCCGCUGAUUGCGAAUGACUGGGCGAAUGAGAAGGGGCGCAAUGUGACGCUCGACGAUACGGUACACGUGGGCACGACUUGGAACAUAACACGGUCUAUCAGGGACCUGAUGGAUAUCCGUCGCCCUACCUUGGGGUAUGUGUACGAAACGUUGUACUAG